AUGCAGGCGUUUGUCACCCGGCGGAUCCCCCGCGAGGGGCUGGCGGCCCUGAGCCAGGCUGGCGUCUGCAGCAUCCAGCAGUGGGAUUCAGACGAACCUAUCCCGCGGUCAGAAUUGCUGGCGGGUGUGGCUGGGAAGCAUGGACUGCUCUGUCUCUUGUCUGACCGGAUAGACAAAGAGGUCCUCGAUGCAGCAGGGUCUAACCUUAAAAUAAUCAGCACGCUGUCUGUGGGUGUUGACCAUCUGGCUCUAGAAGAAAUUAAAAAGCGUGGAAUCCGUGUGGGAUACACCCCGGACAUCUUGACGGACGCCACGGCCGAGCUCUCGGUAGCUUUGCUCUUAGCUGCGUGUCGCAGGCUGCCGGAGUCAGCGGAGGCAGUGAAGAAUGGUGGUUGGACAACAUGGAAGCCUCUGUGGAUGUGUGGGUACGGGCUGUCUGAUAGCACUGUAGGAAUCAUAGGGCUGGGAAGAAUAGGACAGGCAGUGGCGCGCCGUUUAAAGCCAUUUGGGGUCAAGAAAUUUUUGUAUACGGGAAGUCGCCCAAAACCGGAGAGCGCCGUGGAGUUUCAAGCCGACUUUGUCCCACUCACCAAGCUAGCAGAAGAGUCAGACUUUGUUGUUGUUACCUGUUCCUUAACUCCCGACACUAAAGGAAUGUGCAACAAGGAUUUCUUCAGCCGAAUGAAGAAAACGUCUGUGUUGAUCAACACAAGCAGGGGAGCGGUGGUGAACCAGGAAGACCUGUACCAGGCUUUGGUUAGUGGCCAGAUUGCAGCUGCUGGUCUGGAUGUCACAACCCCAGAGCCGCUGCCUACAGACCACCCUCUCCUUUCCCUGAAGAAUUGUGUGAUUUUGCCUCACAUUGGAAGCGCUACCUACGCCACGAGAAGCGCCAUGACUGUGCUGGCUGCUAACAACCUUCUGGCCGGCUUGAAAGGGGAAAGCAUGCCAAGUGAACUCCAGCUGUGAAGAGAAGAGAAUCCCAAGAACAUCGCUGGCUAGACCAGGUCAUACCUUAAAAAUGACCAUUUUCUCUUAGCCCAGAGAAGCAGAACAGAUCCUGACUCAUUCCUGCUGUAAAGUUGGUGUAUGUGUGUCUGUCGUUCUGCCAGUAGAACUUAUUAAACCAGGCUUGAGUAACA